AUUUUGCCGAGUGACGCCCUGCGAGGAUGCUACGCGCCCCAGGCGAAGGCGAGCGGAAGAUAAUCGCGACGAAAACCUUGGACUGUGGACGCCGCCAGGCCAGGAUCAGAUUUAGGACAUCCCGCAGCAGAUGCCGUCGUAACCUGGCAGAUUUCCUCGACGUCGACCAAUUCUACUAAUCCGUCUGAUAAAGGUACAAAAUCGAUUCACUACCGUUCGAACUCGAUUCGACAAACUAUUCCACUAUAACUGUACAAAAAAACAACACAUUUACCUAAUCAACAUUGAUUUUCUUAAGUCAAAAACCGGCGAAAAUCAAUCAGAAGAAGAUCCUUUAAAUAUUUAACCUCUAUUAUUUUACAACAUAAAAGCUUCAUCAACAUCGUCUAUGCUGUCCAAAAGGUUGCAAAAAGGUUUAGUUUUUGAGGUUUUCAAAACAUGGGCGACACUUUGAAUGUCAUAGUUGAAUUUGGAGGAGGAGCCGAGCUGCUUUUCAACAAAGUGAAAAGGCACGACCUAGAAUUGCCAAACAAAGACUGUGAGUGGACUUUAGGAACAUUCUUGUAUUGGCUCAAAGACAAUUUAUUGACCGAAAGGCCGGAAUUGUUUAUGCAAGAGAACACUGUGAGACCAGGGAUAUUGGUUAUGGUAAAUGACACAGACUGGGAGUUACUUGGCCAGUUAGAGUAUAAAAUUCAACCAGGGGAUAAAAUAUUGUUCAUCAGUACGUUACACGGAGGUUGAAGCGUUAAAG